AUGCCCAUCCCAUCGCUCACAGGCGUGUGGCGGGGCGGCGUUGCAGCCGUGGAUGCUUUGGGGGAUGCUACCUAUCACUCUGUUGACGUCAGGUUUGACGUCAGGUUUGACGUCAGGUUUGAGGUCAGGUUUGAGGUCAGGUUUGACGUCAGGUUUGACGUCAGGUUUGACAUCAGGUUUGAGGUCAGGUUUGACGUCAGGUUUGACGUCAGGUUUGAGGUCAGGUUUGACGUCAGGUUUGAGGUCAGGUUUGACGUCAAGUUUGAGGUCAGGUUUGACGUCAGGUUUGAGGUCAGGUUUGACGUCAGGUUUGAGGUCAGGUUUGACGUCAGGUUUGAGGUCAGGUUUGACGUCAGGUUUGACGUCAGGUUUGACGUCAGGUUUGACGUCAGGUUUGACGUCAGGUUUGAGGUCAGGUUUGACGUAGGCAUGGGCAAUUGA